GUGAGUAUGUUGCAACUACAGCAAGUAACUUAAAGAAUCAUAUUGAAUAUAAACAUGAGGGUGUGAGAUAUCCUUGUCCUCAUUGUGAGUUUGCUGCAACUAUGGCAAGUAGUUUAAAGAGACAUGUUAAAUUUAAACAUGAAGGAGUGAGAUAUCCUUGUUCUCAAUGUGAGUUUGCUGCCAUAACAGCAAAUCAUUUAAAGAGUCAUGUUAAAAAUAAACACGAAGGAGUGAGAUAUCCUUGCUCUCAAUGUAAGCAUGUUGCAACAAGAGCAAAUGAUUUAAAGAGACACGUUGAAAGUAAACACGAAGGAGUGAGAUAUCCUUGUUCUCAGUGUGAGUAUGUUUCAACAAGAGCAAGUAUUUUAAAGAGUCAUGUUAAUAGUAUACACGAAGGAGUGAGAUAUCCUUGUCCUCAAUGUGAGUUUGCUGCAACUACAGCAAGUGAUUUAAAGAGACAUAUUGAAAGUAAACACGAAGGAGUUAGAUAUCCUUGUCCUCAAUGUGAGUUUGCUUCUACUUCAGCAAGUCAAUUAAAGAGGCAUAUUGAAUAUAAACAUGAUGGUGUGAGAUAUCCUUGUCCCCAAUGUGAGUUUGCUUCAACUACAGCACGUUACCUGAAAAUUCAUGUUAAAAAUAAACACAAAGAAUUGAUAUAGCCUUGCCCUGAAUGUGAAUAUGUUGGAACUUUAGCAAGGAAUAUAAAGAGCCAUGUGAAAAGUAAAAUGUUGUCUGAAGUGUUAUGUUUUGAUUAAGCAUGAAUGUUUUUAAAGUUAGUUCUACAGAAUGAUGGUUGCUUGUUUGUUUUGUAAUUAAAUCUAAUUGGAGUAUCUAAUGUUUUCCUUAAAAUUUGUCUAUUAACUUGAGUAGAUUCUCAAAUACAGGGUUACCUCCAUAGGAUGAGACUACAGAGACGACCUGAAACUCAGAAUAAUAUGAAGAUACUAAGGUUUAAUUAAGUUUCCUGCUUUUAAUGGUUUAUUUAAUGAUUUGGCGAAGAAAAAAAACAAGUUUACAUUUGCAGGGAGUCGUGAAUAUAAGGAAACAGACAGUUUACAUUCUGUACAGUCGUCUCUGAAGUUUUAUCUUUUGUGAGUAACCCUUUAACCUAAUUAUUAUAUGUUCCCAUUAAUUUAAAAUAAUUUACAAAAUCACACUUUUAUAAAUUUAGCUUAAUACCUGAUUGUUAUUUAUUUUCUGUAAUCUGAAGAAAAUAAUUGUGUUUUCAAAGGAUAUUCACUAUUUGACUGCACGCCUAAUUAAUGUCAAAAUAUCCUUAAAUAAAAUCAAAUUGAAUUUGAAUUACCAACAUCAUUAGGAUAAAGUGUCUGUAUUUAGUUUAACAUGCUUAAUAGAUAUUUUAGAUAAAAUGGCGGAGAAUAUGAAUAAUGAAUCUGAGAUAACCUCUACUGUAGAGGAUACAUGGUUUGUUAAUAUACCUGAAGUAAAAAUAAAGCUGGAAAAUGCAAAAAUACAAGG